CCAAUAUAUUAUAAAUUUCUUGAUAAAAUUAUCAAUGAAACUCAUUGACACCUAUCCCAUGCACCCCACCACAAGAAUGCAUGUUUUGCUCCAUUAGAAAAACCAACCUGAAGUUUAACUCUUUUAGUUGCUUCUCUGGGCAACAACUCUAGAGAGAGUUGAAUAAUGGCUGCCUGUGGAGGCCUAAACCACAUCUUUGCAGAAAAUUCAACAAUUCUUGAUUCCCUCUCCUUUACAGAGAUUUUUGAAGAAUUAGAUUUAAAAGAUAACAAUUCUGAGUCCUCCUUUUCCUCCUCCAUCUCAUCUUUUUCUUCUAAUCUACCUCCAUUGUCUGCCUCCUCCUCUUCAUUAUCAUCAACAUCUUCUUCUUAUAAUUCUUCUUCAUUCUCUCUAGAAACAAUCCACCAAUCUGGAAUUGAAGAGAAAAACAAGGACCCCAUUUAUCCAACAAGCAACCAACAUUACAAGCAUAGUGAUAGCUUUUCCUCAAGAAAUUCAGAUACUCUAUCAUUAUGUACAGAAGGCCUUGGAUUUGAAAGCUCUGAUGAUGUUGAAGAUAUUAUGAAUUAUUUGAGUAAUGAGAAUGAACAAGAACAUGAAGAAAUUAGAUCAACAUGCAUUAAUUCCAAGUUAGAAAAUCAUCAUGAAUAUUCCAAAAGAUAUUCAAGAACAAAUAAAGGGUCAUUAUUACCUCCUCCAAUUUCUUGCAUUGGAGGAAGUGGAAAGCCUUGGGUUUGUUUUAGAUCUUAUAGGGAAGAUGGUAGGUUUAUUCUCAAGGAGAUUAGAAUUCCUGAGUGGGAAUUCUUGCAUGCUUGUCGAGAAGAUGGACGUUUGAAGCUACAGUAUGUUCAAUCAGAUGAUGAAAUUCUAGAGGAAGACGAAGAAGAAGAGGAAUAUGACGAUGAUGAUGAUUCAGAGGAUUUCGAAGAGGAACCAAAUGAAGAGAUAACAAAUGAUGAUGAUGAUAAGAAAAAAGAAUAUGAGAAUCUUGCUGAAGAACAAUAAUGUAGGAGUUGAAGAAUAGGUAACAUUUAUAAAAGGUGUUUGUUAACUUUUUCUUUUGUAAUUAUUUUGUCCAUUAUGAAGUUGCAGGGGAGCUGCAAAGGAAAAAGUUUAUAGCUACUUUUUCUUCUCUUUCAAAUUUACAAAUAAAGAGAACUUGCAAUGGAAUUCUAAGUUCCAGAUUGAGAUCUUAUUA